AAGACUUUCAAUCUCCCGCAGCCAGGCAGAAGACCGAAAUGGCGGCGCCAGCAGAGAGGAUGGAGGUGUCUCAGGGGGAGAGCUCAGCCAAGCCUGCAGCAGAGGAUAUGACGUCCAAGGACUACUACUUUGACUCAUACGCCCACUUUGGCAUCCAUGAGGAAAUGCUGAAAGAUGAGGUUCGCACCCUGACCUAUCGCAAUUCCAUGUUCCACAACAAGCACCUGUUUAAGGACAAGGUGGUGCUGGAUGUGGGCAGCGGGACAGGCAUCCUCUGCAUGUUUGCUGCCAAAGCUGGAGCCAAGAAGGUUAUAGGGAUAGAGUGCAGCAGCAUCUCGGACUACGCCGUGAAAAUUGUCAAGGCCAACAAAAUGGACGAUGUUGUGACCAUCAUCAAGGGGAAGGUUGAGGAGGUGGAUCUGCCUGUGGAUGGAGUAGAUAUCAUCAUAUCGGAGUGGAUGGGCUACUGUCUCUUCUAUGAGUCCAUGCUCAAUACAGUCAUUUAUGCCAGGGACAAAUGGCUGAAGCCAGAUGGACUAAUUUUCCCCGACAGGGCAACCCUUUAUGUCACUGCCAUUGAAGACAGACAGUACAAGGACUACAAAAUCCACUGGUGGGAGAACGUGUAUGGUUUUGAUAUGUCAUGCAUCAAGGAGGUGGCAAUUAAGGAACCCCUGGUUGACGUGGUGGACCCAAAGCAGCUGGUCAGCAGCGCCUGUCUCAUCAAGGAGGUGGACAUCUACACCGUGAAGGCGGAUGACCUGACCUUCACCUCACCGUUCUGCCUGCAGGUGAAGAGGAAUGACUACAUUCAUGCUUUGGUCACCUACUUCAACAUAGAGUUCACCCGCUGUCACAAGAGGACUGGCUUCUCCACCAGCCCUGAGUCUCCAUACACCCACUGGAAGCAGACUGUGUUCUACCUGGAUGAUUACCUGACUGUGAAGACUGGUGAGGAGAUCUUUGGCACAAUCAGCAUGAAGCCAAACGUCAAGAACAAUAGAGACCUGGACUUCACCGUAGACCUGGACUUCAAGGGUCAGCUGUGUGAGGUGUCGAAGACGUCAGAGUACAGGAUGCGUUAGACGUCUCUCUCCAUGUUAGUUUGUCUUUAGUAGAGGACAGAUAAUACUGUUUGACUCUGUCUGUACAAUAGUUUGAUGCUCCCCAUGCAGCAACAUUUUAAUAACUCUUUUUGUGCUCAUUUUCUUGUUCAGACGUUAACAGUAUUUUAUGGCCUUCACAUCCUUGGGGUCAAAGUGCGUUAGUGUGAUGACAUAGUCACUAAACGUAAGAUGUGUUUGACAUGUGCCUGGUGUUUGUGUCCAAAAUCUCCUUGGGUUUUGGUCUGGGGUUUUAGUCAUUGCAUGUGCAAGAUCCAUAUAGACGCCAACACAACAGCCCUGCUGACAUGUCUGCAUAGUAUUCCUGUUCAGUCACUUUGGCCCUCUGUAUGGUCAUUACAUGACCCAGCUUCUCAUCUCUCCUUUUUGAGUCUGUUAUAGCGUUUUUUGGAAUUUCAGUUUACACAAGAAACCCUGCCACUUGCGUCCCAGUUAAUAGAAACCAUAUGUAACUGACAAGAAUUCUGUCCUUUUUUUGGCCCUUUUCAAACCAAAAGUAUGUUUUUAAAAAAAUGAGUGAAUGCAGUGCUCCAGAUUCUAACGAGGGUACAAACCAGGAAGUUUAUCAGUGUUUUGAGGCAGUGUUCUCUAAUAUUACAAAUGAUGUCCCAGACUACAUACUAAUUCUACACAGUACGUACUACAUGCUAUUUUUGAUGGUAUUCCGUUUUAGCAUGCAGUUUACAAAACAUCCAAAUACUAUCAUUUAAACCAGUAUAUGUAUGUUGGUUGUAAAUCAAACUGCAAUUAUGUAAAGCUACUACCAAUUAAACGACCGAUCAAAAUGUUUAAAUAUGAUUUUUUUUUUUUUUUUUAUAAAUUGCACAUCAAAUGUAUUUAGUCUGAAUACUGUGUGGCUUGAGUAAACCCUAUUGUCAUGUUUCCUGUGAACUACGUACUAAAAACCUGCGUAGAAUUGGUAUGUAGUUGGGACAAGAUUUGUGAUGCAUGCAGGCAGCACAGAGUUGAUUCCAAACAUAACCAGAAAAACCUGCAACUGUUCAUUGGGCCUGUGCGAUUAGUAAUUUACAGACUAUCCUCCCAAUUUGGUGUCUGUCAGGUUAAACGUGUUAAUGAAGGAAAAAGAUGACCCGAUGAACUUGUUAAAUCUACAGUGUCCCACCAGUUUGUCUUGAUACAAUGCGUCUGAGGAUGAUUUUCCAGUUUUUUUUCGUAUUUUUAUUUGUCAGCUGCCUUUUUUUUUUUUUUAUAAAUAAAACUAAUAAACUAACUUUUCUUGCAUUGCCUACAAAGUGUUGAGUUGUAUUAUAUAGCAUCUCUCUGUAAGAAAGCGUAUUGUUCCACUUUCUUUAUUUCCAUUGCCUCAUUGAGUUGUAUUCCCACCCUAAUAUCUCAGACAUUCUGUGAUUUGCAUAUAAUAAACAAACAUAGUCGAACCAGUGAGCCAGGAGUUGUUUCGGCACCUGUAGAAAGUAUCUAAAGGUUUUUCUUGUA